AUGUCCACCAUGAGGAAAUCUACACCAAAGGGAGGUCACUCCAACCUUCCCGUCCCUAAGCCUUCAACAGGGACACCCGGCAACAGUAAGUCACUACUCAGGGGAAGUAACUUUGCCCACUCUGCAGAGGACAUCCCCCGUCGGGUACAAUACAGCCUGAGGAACAACACACCAUCACCAACACGCCGGACAGGUUCCCCGGGCAAUGAAGGGCGUAGUCGGCUAGCUGUGCCAGUUAGAGAUCACAGUCCAAUGUCUGGGGUGCGGUACAUCACAGAAGAUCUUGUCAGGAAACUAGCCAAGGAAGAAAACCUGGAAAUGAUCACCGUUCUCAACCUCACAUUGUCCAAGGAAAACGGCAAGAAAAUAAAGUACAUAGAGAACCUGGACAGAUGUAAGAAGCUGGCUGUGUUGAACCUGAGCUGUAAUAUGAUAGAAAGAGUAGAAAAAGUCGAGAAGCUUAUAAAACUGAGGGAACUUAAUUUGGCCUACAACAAUAUCACAAAGAUUGAAGGACUGGAAAAUCUAGCAAAUUUACAGAUGCUGAACCUGACAGGGAAUAACAUAGAACACAUACCUAUCUGGCUGGGCAAGCGACUGAAAGCACUCCGAACGCUACAUCUGGGGAAAAACAACCUACAGUCGAUGAGUGAGCUUGCAAAGCUGAAGCCAUUACCAGACCUGUUGGAACUUACGGUGGCCGAGAAUCCUUUGUGUCAGAUUCCCCAUUGUCGCCUCUACCUCAUUUUCCACCUGCGUACUCUACAGGUCCUCGACAGUCAACCUGUUACAGAAGAGGAACGUAGACAUGCACGGGACAGAUUUGAACAAGAUGAGAUUGAGAGACUGGAACGCAUGCUGGAGACAGAGGAGGCUCGGUGCAGGAAGCUGGAAGAGGAGCAAAAUCGCUCUGCUCAGGAAUCAUCCUUCUCCAAGGCAGCUGAAGAGGAGAGAAAACGUCAGCAAAAAGUCACAGCAGAUCGUCUCAAUGAAUUGGAGCGAGAACUGGAAACCAAAAAUGACUUGUUGAAGAAAAAGACAUCAGAGUUAAACAAAGCAUGUGAGAAGCAUUAUCAACUGGAACAGGAGCUAGCCUUCCAUAACAUUGACUCCAAGUUUGAUAGUUUGGGGACAAGUCCACAGCGGAAUCAGCAUGAUGAAAGCUCAGGACUAGAUGAAAGUCCAUACAUAGGGCGUGCCCGGUACAAGGCCAACCAGUACUCACGGGAGAGUUCUGUCGGUGUCUCCCCACCCCAGCAGGCUCGCUACCACAACGUAUCAUCUGCUAGUCCACAAAAGGCAGAGAUCAUGGACAAGAUUCAUGUACAACUGGACAAUGCACUGGUGGAAAAACAGGAAAAGGUCUCCAAAAAUGUACAAGAAGCGGAGGACCGACUUAAGCGUCUUACAGAUGACUUGAUGGGCACAGAGAGGAAGCUGCUUCAGGCCACCAAAGACCUCAAACGUAUGGGGGACAUCACAGAGAAGGAUGAUGUCAAGGUGCAGCUUCGUCAGAGAAUGGCAAAGAAAAUGCAACUGGUUAAUGACCUGAAGGACAGUGCCACCCAGAUAGAAGAUGAGAUUGAGAAGACAGUAAAAAGUAUGCAUGACAGUAAGGUAGACGUAGCCAGACUUAAGGGUCAGCUUGACCGCCUGGACAGCAAGGAUCCAAAAUAUAGGAAAGUGUAUGCUGAAAUGGUGGACAAGGAACAACAGAUCAGUGAGAGUAACCAGAUGUAUGGACAGUUACAGCAGCAACUGGAAGUCAUGUUGGACACCAUUGCCAAGGAAACUGCUGACAUAAAAAAACUGGAACAGCAGCUUAAUGAUGACCAAAUAGAUGCCAAUGAGUCACUGCGUACAGAGCUGGAUGAGAUCGUAGGGGGUUUACAAGGUUAUUUGUCGAAUGUCAAGCAGCAAGGCCUCCGUCGCCAGCGUGAUUUUGACUCAGUUUUGGGAGAAAAGACACGUCUUGAACAGAAAGUUUCUCAACUGGAACAGGAGCUUGGUGUACUAGAUGCAGAGGCUGGAAACUACAAAGCUAUGGAAAAGCGGCUAAUAGAGAUGGAACAAAACCUGAGUGACACACAAAAUCUCAAUAAAACACUGGAGGACCAGUUACACCGAACUCGCGCCAAGGAUGCUGAAUACCAAGACCAGAUGGAAAACACUUCUGCAGAACUUGUAGACCUCAAGCGUGCACUCAAGGAGGCAGGCAGGAAAGCGCAGUAUGACAAACAGGCAAUUGAAUCACAGUUGAAAAUUGAGAAGGAACGUGCUUCAAAAGCACUACAGCAGGCAAAUGUGGCAUCAGCAGUAGAUGAGGAAAAUAGGCGACUACAACACCAGUUGGAAGCUAUCAAGGCACAGAAUCUGUCAUAUAAGGAACAACUAGAAGGUGAAAGACAGUCACGAAUGCGAGAAACAAUGCCACAUAAUGAGAUCAGAAAGAGGCUAAAAGAUUUGUCACAUUGUGUUAAAUCAGGCAAGACAAAUGUCGAGCCUCACGAUGACAGAGAUUAUCUGGGUAAAACUUUCAGAGAUCUUCAGCAGUUUAUGUCUGACAAAGUUAACAAGAGUUUUAGGGAUGCAGAUGAUGCUAAGAAGAGGACUGACAAAGCGGACGCAGAAAUACAAGCAUUAAGAGAAAGCCUUACAAAAGCAGAAAAUAAGAUGGUUAAACGUGAUGACAAAAACAAGGACAAGGAGAAUAAGCUCCAGGCUGAGAGGAAGGCCAAUGAAGAUGAGAUGAAGAGGAUGCAGAAUGAGAUACAGAAACUGAAGGCCAAGCUCAAGGAAACUAUUGAACGGGCAGCUCAAGGUCGUCCUGUUACCAAGAUUGUGUACCGCCCUGAGUCCGAGUCAGACCGGAGCUCAAUGAACUCCGAGGAGAAGGCUUUGUUUGAUGAACUACAGCGAGAGCUGCUGGAGCUGCGACGUAACAUGAGGAACAAGGAGGAGGAAAAUGCACGCAAGUUGGUUGACAUGGAAUCUGAGGCAGCCAUGAUGGAACAAGCGCUGAGGGACCAGGAGAGGGAGUAUGAAAAAGAACUUGCCUUUACUCGUGAUGAACUAGAAGACCAGAAGGAGAAACAGGAGGCACGAAUGCAGGUGAUAGGUCAGGAUUUGGAACAGGCACAGGUUGUAGCAAACCAACUGCGACAGUGUCUGGACGAGAGGGAUAAACAACUGGCAAGCGAAGUUCAGACAACGAAUAUGUCUAAUCAGAUGAUGAAGGGUUUCCAUGUCAAGUCAGCUGCCCAAGAAGAUGAGCUGGCACGCCUGUAUGAGAUACUGGAUGCCCAGAGGGACGAGAUUGAGCAUCUGAACGGGAUGUUGGACCAGAUGUACAGUAGCCCACGUGGACCUGUUAACCCUGGUUUCGAUGAUGGUCUGUGGAAGUUACGUCAGGAAGUAAAUCGGCUGAAGGAAACUCUUGCCAUGCAGUCUGCCUACAUACAGACAAUGCCUAACCCCCUAAGCUCGGCCGGUACCCAGGUUCAGACAGACAUUCCACCAGAACCAGGGUUUAAUCAGAAUGUUUAUCCUAGCCAGGCAGCUGGUCCAGUGCCCCGACUACAACUGGGUACCCAGCCUGGGGUACCUGUGUCAGUGAUGCCAACCUCUCCACAUAGAACAAAUCUGGGGACCGCCUACUCACAGCCAACUUCCUACAUGCCUUCCAUGGGGGCAGUCCCUGGGGUACAGUCAGGCUAUGCCAGUGAUCCCCAGCAGCAGCAGACCCGCGUGUCCUCUGCAAGGGAGAGUAGUCACAGGCCACGUUCAGAGGAUGCCAGGCCCGGUCACCGGUCUCGAAGGGACAGAGGUGAAGAUGAUAGAAUGAGCCAAAGAAGCCACAGAAGCCACCGUAGUCAUGGCAGCAGUAAAGGCCGCAGUGGCCGCCAUCAUGAUAAGGAUAGACGACGACAGCACUCAUCAUCCGCAGUCCAAAAUACAGCAUUUGAACCUGUACAGCGCCCUCAGGUGUAUCGGCCAGUACAGGGAGGAAGUGCUGCCUCAAACAUGCCAAGUAGUGUCCCUGGUGGUGUUGUUGGAGGUGUACCAGGUGGUGUUGUUGGUGGUGUACCUGUGCCAGGAACCUCAGGCCAGUAUUUCCCAGCAGGAAUUCCAGGUCAGAACAUGCCAAUCGCAGCUCAGACAAAUAUUGGUGGUGGCCCAACCACAGAGGGAUAUCAGGCCCCUUACCCAGGUCGAGGUGUACAGCUUGGCCCAGGGGGUACUUCUCGAGGGGUCCAACCAUCAGGACAACGCCAUAUACGGGGCCUUACUGCAGAUCCCAUUCCCCAGAGUGGAGGAACUGGAAGCCAGACACCUGGACACACCUCAACUCAGACUAGUGGUGCCCCCUCAAUAGUGAUGGCCCCACCAUAUAACAUAGGAGCACAAACUUACAUACCAGUUGCAGCCACUCCUGCACAAAACGUGCCCUACAACAGCAGCAGGGUGUUCUUACCUGCCUAUUCAACUUCCACAGAUCGCCCUGGUGGCCGGAUAUACUAUCCUCAGGGUGGAAGAAUUCCUGCAGGUGGUUCUGGGGGUGGAGGUGCACCACCUCCCCCUCCACCACCUCCUCCUCCUGCACCAACACAGUAUGUACCAGGGUCACCAGGGCCAAAAGUGACUUUCCUUCCAGUAACUCCCAUGGCUACUGGAACACCAGUGAAACAUUCUAGAGUCAACGCUUCUCUCAGUGCACCACCAAGUCCAAUAUUGGCAGGAGCCCUGGCCAUGGACACCUCUGGUCAGCCCCGAGGAAUCCUUAAGGGUGGAGUUGGGGGAAGUGAUGAUAGCUACCUGUUCUGUAAUGUACCAGAACAUCAUGAUCUGGAGGACUACAUUGCAGAGCUCCAGGAAAAGUUAAAACGCCUCAAACAUCGCAUUCUCAGAGAACAGGAGGAUGCUGCAGCGAAUGAGGAUCAUCGGUUGAUAAAGAGGCUACAGAACGAAUUGGAAGAUCGACGGGAUGAGCUGGAAGGUCUUGAUCUGGCCAUUGACAAACAGAAGAAAUCGCUGAAGAACUUGCGGAAGGAAGAGAGACAAUUGGAAGAAGACAAGCUGGAAGCCAAGGAUGAACUUGAGUUUCUUAAGGCAUACAGGCUGAAGUCCAACAAGAAAAAGAAAAUGUGGAAGAAUGCCAUGGAUGAUUUAGAUAGUUCAGACGACUCACUGGGGGAGUACAUGGUCAAAAGUAGGCAGCGCUUUGUCAGAAAUGAGGUGGAGGGUAUUGAGAAAACACUCUCCAAAAGACGCAGCCAGUUACGAGAUGCUGAUGCACUCCUUCGACAGUGUAACAGUGAUUUAAAAGGUGCUAGGGAUCAGGCACGAGAAACUAUUGACCAGUAUGACACUGCUAACCACAACCUCAAGUCUACAAUGAAGGAGACUUCAGAAUUAGAGCGACGAGCCAAUCUGGCUGGAGUGGAACUCCUCAAGGCUGCUGAGCAACUCAGCUCCCUGAGGUCAGAGGUUAAGGACAUGGAGAGAAAACGUGGCAAACAAGAAUGCUUGCUUCGAGAUGUCAACCAGGUGUUGUCUAAAAGGGAUUUGGAAUUCAAAGACCUGGACUCUCGCACCAAAGUUGCCUCCCAAAAUCUUUCCCGGUUACAGUCCGAACUUCUGUCAACAGAGCAACAGGAAAAACAAACACAUUCAUCUCUCCGAGAUGCAGAAGAUGUCUUAAAUAAACGACGUGCAGAAAUUGCCCGCAUGCGUGAUCAGCAUAAAGAAAAGAUUGAGGUACAGAGACGUGACCUUGAGAAAGUUGAUCAACUGAUGGGCAAGAAACGUACAGAGUUGCAGCUUCUGCAGGACACUGCUGAACGUAAAGGAAAUGAACUUAACCAGGUUCUUCGUGACGCAGAAGGAGAGAUAAGUCUUAAACAGCGAGAGCUCAAGGAAUGUAGAGAACAGUUACGGGAUCUAGAAGUUACCAAGAGUGACCUGGUGACUGCAAUCAAAAGCAAGAGGGGAGAACUCUCAAAAGUAAAGGAGGAAGUGGAAACAGAAGAUGAAGUGUUACAAAAACUGAUCAGUUCUGUGAAUAAACACAAAACAGAACUCAAACAUGCAUAUGAAAUGCAGAAACUAGAACAAACAAAUCUCAACAGUGUUAAAAGUACUCAUGCACAAAAAGUGGCAGAGCUGGAGAAGACACAGCGUGAACUUAUAGCUGAAAAAGCAGAAUUAGAACAACUGACAGCAGAAAUUAAUCGCAAAGCCUCUGAGUUAGAGCGGUUCCGUCAGGCACUAGAUCGUGACCGACAGGACACAGAACGCCUUAAUCUUGACAAACGUUCACUGGAGGACCGUAUAUCAGCCAUGACACGAGAAAAGGAGAUGUUGGAUGAUAACUGUAAAUCACUGGACAACAAAAUCAACCAAAUGAAAAGAACACAUAAUAUCAUAGAGGAAAAAAUGGAUACCUCUGCCAAGCGACUGGAAUCAUUAGAGAUAGAAUUACGACAACGGGAGAAAGAAAUGGACGAGGCAAAUCAUCAAAGAACAGCCCUGCAGAAAGAAAUACACUCCCUCAAACAAACAUCUAAAGAAACGAAGGCAGAGCUGAAAGCAUUAAAAGAACAUGUGAGAGAAGCUGAUGACCAGUCCAGACAUCUAGAACAGGAUCUUCGUGAAGUAACACAUCAACGAGAUGAAUCUAAGCUGGAGAUGGAACGUCUGAAUGAAGCUAUCCGGACGAGUCGGCAAUCCUACGAGGAUUACAUACGACAGGAGAAGCAGAAACAUGAAGAGCUUCAGGAACUUCUCAAGUCUGUGGCUGAGAAGGAAUUUGAAUACCAGGAGGCACGCAUGGCUCUCAGCAAAGUAAGAAAAGAAGUGGAAAGAGAGGAAAAUAAACUGAACAAGCUGGUCAGUAACGCUAACCUUGAACUGGACAAUAUCAGGAGUGACCUUCAUGAUAAACAGUUAGAGCUAGAGCAGGCCACUCUCGCUAUGGAAAACUUCAAGAGAGAAACUGAACAACUUCAAGCUAACGAGGAGAAAUUUCAUGAAAUGGAUAAAAUCAUAAAAGAUUUAGAAAGGGAAGUAGCUAACAGGAAUGAGGAAAAAAGUGAGCUUGCAAAAGCCUUGUCACGAUCCUAUGAGGAGCUACAGAAACUACGCACAGAGGCAGCUCAGGAUCAUACAAAGACAACGAGAGAACGUCUUCAGAUGGAAAAUGCACUGCAUGAUAUGCAGGUUCAGUUAGAAUUAGCGAAACAGGAGAUGAAACACAUGCAGAAGAGAACAGCUUCCCAGGUUUCUGAACUCCAGAACAUUGCUGAAGUCCAAUUCAACAAAGCAAACAGACUAGACAGUGAGAUUGCCAGAAUCCGCAAGGACAACAAGGAGAUGAGGAAACAGCUACUAACCCAAAAUGAACUCCUAGAAACUGAGAAAAUGAUAGAGGAGAAACUCAGAGAACUUGAUUUUAACUGUGAACAUGAGGAAGAUAGUCAAGGUCCUGAAAACUCUUGUCAGAAUGGGAAGUCUUCUGCAGAAGAGAAGCAUGUAGUGGACCACGAUCAGAGUGAAAAAUUAGAACGUCACCUUGAUUCCCUGAAGGAGAACCUUCCCAAAACAUCUGAGCUUAUGAUGGAGAAUAAAGAAAAUGUCAUUGAUGCUGUACAGGAUGAUAACAGGAAGGAAGAAUUGCGUGAGAAGCUGACACAGGAACAGGAUUUUCUGCGGCACCAGCUGCAGGACCAGAUGCAGCGUCAUGCUGACAACAUGGAGACUGCUCGUUUACAGUCAGAGGGCACAAUAGAAAGUCUUCGCAAGAAACUCAACACUCUUCAGGAGGUAUUAGUGAACACAGGAGAAUCUAGUUUUAAACCUUACCGACAGGGCAGUCGUGCACGGUCAAGCUCCCCUGUUCAGUCCAUCCUAGAUACAUCAUUCCGCAAGGAUAGGUCACCCAGUCCUAAUUUUUCAAGGCGAGGCUACCUGGCCCAGCGACCAAGGUCAAGGUCACGGUCUGAAGAACGGUCAAUUAGUCCUGCAUUUCCUGAGAGAGAAUUUUUAACAGCUUAGUCUGAGAGAUUUUGUAACGGAAGGGUUUGAAGAUGCUCCCCAAGAAUAAUGGUGCUGAAUAUUAGAGGAAAAUUAGUGACAUUGUAGAUUGCAUCAAGGACUGCCAUCCCAUUGAAUAAAACAAUCAUGUUGAGAACAGCAAUUCAUGUGGAUCAUAAGAGCAAUAUACAUCAGACAUGUGACCUUCGUUAUUUUGUAAUUUCCUUUCAUCUUUGUCCUUUUGGAACUUUAACAGUGUUAACCAACUCAUUUGAUCAGAGUGUGGUGUUUUAAAUUUGGUAUUUUUGAAACGAACAUGAAAUUUUGAGAAGUAUUGAAUGAUAUAUUUUUAAGAAGAAAAAUGUCAGUAUUUUAAGUAACAUAGGGUCUGGAAACAGGGUGUUUGAUGUGUUUUUGAUAUUAUGCUAUAUUUGAGGGUUUAAAUGCUGAUUAAACAGAAAUUAGUUGGGCAAUUUAUUUUUAUGUAAUCAACAGAUAAAUAGUAAAAUAAUUGCCUAGCAUUUUUCAUUUUAAACAGCAGGUAUUUUAAAUGGUCUUUAAGGUCAUCAGUCUUGGCUGUGAAAUGUUUUAUCUUUUUAUUUUGUUUUAUUACGUGCCAGCCACGCAUAUCUGUGAUAUUGUAGUUUUCAAGUAGAUCAAAAGUAUUUUUAGUUUUCCUGAAUGUAAAUUUUCAAGAUCAUAGAUUGAUCAUGUGUAUGUUACACCAAUAUACUUUUUAUUUGAUUGUCUAUAAACAUUUAGUGUAAACAUAGCCUGUUGUUACUGUGAUAUCAUAAAAAUGACCUUUUUUUUCUUUUUUAAUAAAUCUUGUGAUUAUUUACAGAAAGAACCCGUCCACAUCAUCUCUGAUAUUUGAUAUCAAAGAUUAAAAUGGAACUUUUUUUAUUGUUCUCAGUUUUUGAUAAUUUAUUUUUAAACCAAGAUUAAUAGAGGGGGUGAGUUGUUAUAACCAGGUGAAAUAGAAGUUGAAUUGAAAGGGCUUUUUGUAACUAUUUUUAACAGGUAUACCUUUCCAUUUUUUAUAGUGUUUAAUAUUCAGUAUUACUAUUCAACAGUAAAUUAUCUAAAUUAUUAUAACCAUAAUCUUUAGAAGAUUGAAAUUUAGAAUUACAUUUUGUAAAAUGUAGAUGUAUAGAUGUCUUAAUUUAUUGUUUUAUUAUUUAUUUUGAAGUCUGUGAUCCCAGGGUUCACUGAAGAAGUAUAACUGAACUUUAAUAGUAGUAGUAAAGCAGGAUUAGUUUGAUCAAGUGAAACAUUAGCUGUUGAUUUUCCACAGGGUUCUUAAACAUAAGUGAGGAAGUUAGAAUCUGAUAGUAUACCCCAAAUAAAAAUUCUGUCUACUGGACCAUCAGAUGUUACCAACACCCAAACAGGACAACUGAGUUUACACUGGGAUUUAUACUAAAUGUAGUGUAAAUGGCUGACUAAGAACAUUUUACAGUUUGAAAAAAAGUUUCUGUAUAUUUACAGAAAUGUUAUACAUAAGAAUUCCACUCCUACAGGAAACAUUUGUAUAUUAUGUAAGUUAUUCAAUUGUACAGUAUUUUGUAUGUAACAAGUAUUUAUACACAUAAAGAGCUCUGUUUAUUUAACGGAGGAGAAAAUAAA